CUCGAUUUCAAUCCACUCCACCGCACCGCACCGGACAGAAUCCACUGCCCACUGCCUCCAGGUUGAAUCCAGGAUUGAGCCCAGCCAACCUACCAAUUGACAAUCGCAUCCGUCGCCCACGAAGCAUUUCAUCUUCAGCCCCCAAAAAAGCAAUAGGAAAAGAUUCAUACGGCUGUGGUCGAACCCCAUCACUUCACAAUGUCUCUCCCCGCCCGCACCGCAUCCAUCUCCCGCAACACCAACGAGACCAAGAUCCAGGUCUCGCUCUCCCUGGACGGCGGCAUCCUGCCCCCCUACAAACCCAGCCAACACUUCCCCGCCCCGACCGACCCCGAGGAGGCCGAAGCCGCGAAGAAAGGCAUUGUCCCGCCCAAGGAUGCCGCGCACGCCACCCAGUUCACCCCGACGCAGCAGAUCACCGUGAGCACGGGCAUUGGGUUCCUGGAUCACAUGCUGCACGCGCUGGCGAAGCACUCGGGCUGGAGUUUGGCGGUCCGCGCCAAGGGGGAUCUAUACAUCGACGACCACCACACCACCGAAGACACGUUCCUCGCCGUGGGAUCGGCAUUCACCGAGGCUCUGGGCGCGCGACAGUCUCUGGCCCGGUUCGGCCGCGGGGACGCUCCGCUGGACGAGGCGCUGUCGUGGGCCGUGAUCGACCUGUCCAGCCGGCCGUGGGCCGUCAUCAACCUGGGAUUCCGGCGGGAGAAGAUCGGGGACCUGAGCACGGAGAUGAUCACCCACGGUCUGCAGAGUUUCGCCCAGGCGGCCGGCGUGACGCUGCACGUGGGGUGCACCUAUGGCGACAACGACCACCACCGGGCGGAGAGUGCGUUCAAGGCGCUGGCCGUGGCGAUCCGGGCGGCGUGCACGAGACGGGUUGCAGGCGAGGUCGGCGCGGGCGAUGUAGUGAGUACCAAGGGAGUUUUGUAAGACGCCCUGUCGGAAUGCGAGUGGUUCAAAAAUGAUAGACCAAAGACAUGCAUGCCGUGUCAUAUUGUUGUUACACCCGGGAGAUAGACCUUCUAAUACUAUCACCC